AUGAUGGUGGGCUCUUCCCAGCAGCAGCUGCUGCAAAGGAAGGGCAAGUCCGUGGCUGGCAAGGGCGCGGCCGCCGCGACCGUGGCGGCAGAGAAGGUGGUGGUCGCGGUGAGGGCAGCCACCAGGGAGAUCUCCAAGAACGCCAUCGUCUGGGCGCUCACGCAUGUCGUCCAGCCUGGCGGAAGUAUCAUACUCCUCGUCGUCAUCCCGGCACAGAGCUCUGGCAGAAAGUUCUGGGGCUUUCCGCUGUUUGCCGGAGACUGUGCAAGUGGCCAUAAGUCUAUGUUGGAUCAGAAAUGUGAUUUAUCAGAGUUGUGUUCUCAAAUGUUGAAGAAACUCGAUGAGUAUGAUAUAGACAAGAUAAAUGUCAAGUAUAAGCUUGUUUCCGGCUCUCCUUCUGGUGUUGUUGCUGCCGAGUUUCCACCUGUGUUCGAUGGUUCUACUGGUAAAACUGCAGCUGAUGUUAAGGAGGCACGGAGUUCAAUCCGAGGACCUGCUGUAACCCCAAAUAGCAGCCCAGACCUGGAGACACCUUUCGGAAGUACUGAAGCUGGAACUUCCUCUGUCUCGAGUUCGGACCCUGCGACGUCUCCAUUUUCUGCUUCUGAAACAAAUGGUUCUCUGAAGAAAGAGGUGCAAGCAACAAAGGAUAAAAUUCAGCAUUCAGAUGUCAAUAUUUCUGAUUCAGACAGUGAAACAUUGAGCCCUCCAGCAAAUUUUUCACUUCAGCCAUGGAUGUCUGAUAUUCUACAGGAGCAUCCUCAAGAUCACUUGAUGGAUCUCCUGAAUGAAAUUAGUGCUAUGAGAAGCAGGUCAGACUUAAACUUCCGAGGAGAUGUUAGGGAUGCUGUCUCGUUGGCAAGGAAUGCACCUCCUGGACCACCUCCGCUUUGUUCAAUAUGUCAGCACAAGGCACCUGUUUUCGGAAAGCCUCCUCGGUGGUUUAGUUACGCUGAACUGGAACUUGCAACUGGUGGUUUCUCCCAAGCAAAUUUCUUAGCUGAAGGUGGAUUUGGGUCUGUUCAUCGAGGUGUCCUUCCUGAUGGGCAGGCUAUUGCUGUUAAGCAACACAAGCUUGCUAGUUCCCAGGGUGAUGUUGAGUUCUGCUCAGAGGUGGAAGUUCUUAGUUGUGCACAACACCGAAAUGUUGUAAUGCUGAUUGGUUUUUGUGUUGAGGACAGAAGGCGUUUAUUGGUUUACGAGUACAUCUGCAACAGAUCUUUGGAUUCACAUCUCUAUGGUCGUAAUAGAGAAACAUUGGAGUGGACUGCACGGCAAAAGAUUGCAGUUGGUGCUGCUCGUGGGCUGCGGUACCUCCACGAGGAAUGCAGGGUUGGCUGCAUAAUCCAUCGUGACAUGAGACCAAACAACAUCCUUGUCACACAUGAUUUCGAACCACUGGUUGGAGAUUUUGGCCUGGCGCGAUGGCAACCUGAUGGAGACAUGGGUGUUGAAACAAGAGUUAUUGGCACAUUUGGUUAUAUGGCACCUGAAUAUGCGCAGAGUGGGCAAAUAACAGAGAAGGCUGAUGUAUACUCUUUUGGGGUUGUGUUAGUGGAACUUGUCACUGGGCGGAAGGCUGUUGACAUUAACCGACCAAAGGGUCAGCAGCUUCUAACUGAAUGGGCACGCCCAUUCUUGGAGGAGUGUGCAAUUGACGAGCUCAUAGACCCACGACUCGGAGAGCGCUACUCUGAAAACGAGGUGUACUGCAUGCUGCACGCGGCAAACCUGUGCAUAAGACGUGACCCACAUUCAAGGCCUCGCAUGUCCCAUGUUAUUCGCAUUCUUGAGGGUGACAUGGUCGUGGAAUCUGGUUCUGUUACUGGCAGUAGUAGUGAUUCUGGGAGCAGAAGCUGGAGAAUGCUGAACGAACAACAACAUUACCAGGAGCACAGUAGUAGCCCGGCUCAACAAGAAUCGCAAAGGUCUGGCGAGGGGAAACGCUCCUACAGUGCUUUGAGGGCCUCUUGGGACCGAGACAAGCAGAGUAUCUCCAACAGAUAUUAG